UUAUCAUCACAACAAAGUCAUCUCUUUUCUUUUCUUUUAUUUCUUGAUCUAGUAGAAAUUGACAAUGGCAAGAAUCGGAAGCCUUCUCGUUCUUCUCUCUCUCGCUUGCUCUCUUACUCUCUGCAUCGGGGACGACGAGAGUAAUUAUGGUGGUAAUAGAGGGAACCUUUCCCCAGGUUUCUACAGCAGCUCGUGCCCUAAAGCCGAGGAGAUCGUGAAGUCAGUUGUAGCCCAAGCUGUUGCAAGAGAGACUCGUAUGGCUGCUUCUCUCAUGAGGCUCCACUUCCACGAUUGUUUUGUUCAGGGUUGUGAUGGCUCGUUGCUUUUAGACACCAGUGGGAGUAUAGUUACUGAGAAAAGCUCUAACCCUAACAGCAGAUCGGCUCGCGGGUUUGAGGUUGUCGACCAGAUCAAAGCUGCGUUAGAGAAUGAAUGCCCUGGAACUGUUUCUUGCGCUGACGUCUUAACUCUGGCCGCUAGAGACUCAUCUGUUCUUACUGGCGGACCAAGCUGGAUGGUUCCUUUGGGAAGAAGAGAUUCGACAACUGCCAGCUUGAGUGGCUCAAAUAACAACAUUCCUGCACCAAACAACACUUUCAACACAAUUCUCUCCAGAUUUACUAAUCAGGGUCUUGAUCUAACCGACCUCGUUGCUCUCUCCGGGAGUCACACCAUUGGAUUCUCAAGAUGCACGAGUUUCAGGCAAAGACUUUACAACCAAUCCGGAAACGGAAGUCCCGACUCCACCUUAGAGCAAUCCUACGCUGCUAACUUGCGCCAGAUGUGUCCUAGAUCAGGUGGGGACCAGAACCUGUCGGAGCUUGACAUCAACAGUGCCGGGAGGUUUGAUAACAGCUACUUCAAGAACUUGAUCGAGAACAUGGGACUUUUGAAUUCCGACCAGGUCUUGUUCUCUAGUAACGAGGAAUCGAGUGAGCUUGUGAAGAAGUAUGCAGAGGAUCAAGAAGAGUUCUUCGAGCAGUUCGCGGAAUCGAUGGUCAAGAUGGGGAAUAUCUCUCCCUUGACAGGUUCAAGUGGUGAGAUCAGGAAGAACUGUAGGAAGGUUAACUCUUGAUUUCGUGAUAUGGAAUGAGCAAAAUAUUUGCGGGACGAAUAUGUUUGUGUUCUUUGUUUUUCGUAUGUGUGUGUAUUUCCUUCCUUGUGCCCAAAUUUAAUUUUUGUGAGUUUGAAUGAUUA